CUCUGAUGGUGUUGGGACGGGUUGGAGAGUUACCGCUUCCGGUGUGGGCGGAGCUUGGGUAGCCGCGCUCGGCUUCAGUCAUGGUAGUCGCCGGUCUCUUAACUGCUGCUGUUGGGCGAGCCCUACAUCGGGGAGCUGCUUCGGUAGGAAGACGCGUCUCCUGCCCCAAUCCUGGGGUGACGCUUAGCUGUCGCCGGGAGGCUUCUUCAAAAGAAGGGGAAGUUGGUGGCGAUAGCGGAAGCAAGGUACCUUCCAAGAAUGUGGAAUCCUUUGCGUCAAUGUUAAGGUCCUGUCCUUUAAUUCAGAUGGGACCUGCCAAAGACAAAAUUGUCACAGGAAACAUUUUUUAUAUUUUAGAAGAUGAUCUGUACAUUGAUUUUGGUGGCAAAUUUCAUUGUGUUUGCAAGCGACCAGCAGAUGGCAAGAAAUAUGAAACUGGAUCUAAAGUCCGCCUGAAACUUAUUGACCUUGAACUUUCCUCUAGAUUCUUGGGAGCAACAAAAGAUACAACCUUAUUGGAAGCUGAUGCUGUGCUUUUGGGACUAAUGGAAGCAAAAGAAAGUAAAAAUAAAUACUAAAUGUUUGUUCUUUUAAAAAAAAAUAUUGUCGCUAAAUACUUAUUUGUACAGAAUAUUCCAUUUGAAUUAAAAUAUUGAAAUCAUUCACCAUUAUUUUGUGUUUAAAAUAAAUUUAAAUGUAAA